CGCUUCAAUAAAAAAAUCUACCAUCUCAAAAUCUCUACCAAUGAAAAUAUCUACUAUGAUAUACUUACUACCAGAAAAAACACCACCAAGUUGCAUUUAUGGAUAAAACUCUACGGUUAGAAAUCUCUACCUUCAACUUUAGAAUGUAUAUUUUACAGACAAUAAAUUUAUUUCUAAUCGAUUGGGAAUUAUUUGGGAAGAUUUAGGAAUAUGAUUCUAUUAUUUAGGACUAAUUAAUUAAUAAGCAUUUGGGAUUUUUAAACUAAUAACAAUUCAUAACUUUCUUCCCAAAUAGUUUACUAUUAGCUAACGAAAAAGUCGAGUUAAUUAUAUUUUCUAACAUGCACACUAAACUCUCAAACAAUAUUAAAUAUUUACCCAUAAAUUAAUUAGUGCUGAAUAAUAAUAUUAUAUUCCUAAAUCUUCCCAAAUAAUUCCCAAUUAAUUAAAAAUAAAUUUAUUGUCUAUAAAAUAUACAUUCUAAAGUUGAUGGUAGGGAUUUCAAACGGUUAGAGUUUAUUCAUAAAUGCAACUUGGUGGUGUUUUUUUCUGGUAGUAAUUAUAUCAUGGAAUUUUCUAGGUAGGUAUGAUUCGGCUGGCUUCAAUUGGGUAGUUUUAUUUUUGGUAGGGUCGCUUAUGGCUGAAUCGUAUACCUGCCGAUAUGGAUUACUUGUCCAUUUGGAAUGAGUAUCAAUUGAAGUAUAGUCAUCUUAAGGAAAAAUUCUUGGAUAUAUCAAAUCUUCAUAUCACUUGUACAAAUUUAGAUACUAUUAAAUUGUCUUAUAAUCGUGAUAUUUAUUCAAAACGUGUAGCAGAUGACAUUAAAGAUCUUGUGGGUUUAUUGAAAGUAUUAGAAAAUCGGUCAGUGUUGUCUUACAAUAAAAUCAAACCGUUAAAAGAAAUAGCUACGACUUAUGUUAAAGAUCCAGUGCUAGACAAAAUAAUAAAAGAUUAUGAAGAUCAACUACACAGCUAUCAAACAUUACCUCUUUUUAAUGUUUAUAAAUGCCGAAGUGGUGAGUAUUCCAACAUAAUUACGAAUGAUGAUAAUUUUUGUAAUAAUAGUGCUAAUGCUAAUCAUCAAUUGGAAGAGUUUAAUGAUUAUGAAGGUACGAACCUUUUGCACGUAGAACCAACUAUUACUUACUUACAAGAAACGUCAGAGGCUAUAUUAACUUUACAAUCAAACAAUGAAAUAAAACAAUCGUCAUUUGAGACAAUUCAAAUAAAUCAAUAUACUUAUAAUAAUAAUAUUAAUGUUUCAAAAGACAACUCAAUACCACUUAUGAAAUAUUUUAUAACUUGCAUAAGGGUUUCAACAUUGGUGAUAGCUCUUAUUAUUAUUUUGUAUUUUAUUACAAUUUACAUAAAACCAUCAGCGCUAGCAACAUCAACAUCAACUGAAUUGGGAUCAACUCAACCAGAGCAUCAAUCUACGAGUACUUAUCAUGAGACUCGCUACGUCACUACUUCAUCUUACAAUCUACCGAUACCUGAUGCGAAGACUUUACGCCUAACAGAUCUUCAAACAAAAAUUUUCUAUCGGAUAAGUGAAAACAUUGGACGGUAUUGGAGAGAUUUGGCUAGAAUUUUAAAUGUCAAAGAGGCUGAAAUCGAUUCGAUAGAUUUAAAAGACGGAGCAAUCAAAGAUAAAUCUUUUGAGAGUUUAAAAAUAUUUUUAUCAAGAUGCGAAUCAUGUAAUUGGCAAAGAAAAUUGAUACGAUCAUUGGAGUUCAUUCGCCGUAAAGAUUUGGCAGAAAUGGUAGAAGAUUUACUUACUCAAAAUAUUUAAUAAAUAUUUUUUAUUAAAUUUUUUUAAUUGAAAUAUAUUUUCAUACAAUUUUUGUAUCAUUUCAUUGUUGAAUCAAUUAAAUGAAUCUAACAAAAGACAAUAAUGAUAGAGGCUGAAUUAAAGUGAAUACAUUUUGUUUUUUAUUUAUGACUUUACACUUUUAAUGUAAUUACAUAACAACUAAAACAACCGUUAUUAUUUUAACAAAUAAAUACAGCAGCCUGCACGUAUUUUUGUUACUUUUUUUAUAUGUUAUAUCGAGCAUUUAUUUUAUUACCUUUACCUCAUUAUUAUAUAUAUUUAUAUUAAUUUAAUUAUAUUUAUAUAUCUAUGCAUUGCUUGAAAUAUUUCUAAUAUUGUUUUUAAGAAAUAUCUAACAAUGAUAGAAUACUUAAUAUUAUCU